AUGCUCAGGAUUGAGUUCGUGGAUGAUGAGGCACAGCGCCGGGCCCGCACAACAGUCGGCCGCGGAACCGUCAUGGCGCUGUCAGCGGCCCACCGCCGGCGAAGAGCUCUCUACGUCAAGCAGCCACCACAGCCACAGGAUCAGCGGCACCAACAGCAGCUGCAGCCGCAGCACCUGGAGGGCGCACACGCGUCUACGGAGCCAGGGCAGGGAGACUUGCAAGACAGCUCGAUUGUUACCUCCGAGACGCUAGCACCGGGGCGGCCCAGCUCAGCCCCGGGCGUUGUGGAAGACAACCGCCGAUCGCAGAGUGCCGCCACCGCCACCGCCGCCACCGUGGCAGUGGCACAGCCAGCGGCUCCUCUGAGGGCAGGAGUGGCAGCGGUGGCGGCGGCGGCAGCUGCAAGGGUACGGCGGCCAGACGACCCGGAGGUGCAGGCCUUUGUGGAGCGCGAGCUUCAGGCCGUGCUGCUGCAGGAGGACGUGGGGAUGCUGCUGCAACACGUGUUGGGCGUGCUGAGGAACGUGCUGGGCGGCAGCGCCGGCAGCGGCGCGAGCAGUAGUCGUGGUGGUGGUGGUGGUGGUGGUGGUGUUUCGAGGCUUUCCGCCCCCUCCCGGUACGUGCCGGCGUCAGCUAAGCGAGCACGUACGGCAACAAUGACACCCAGCCUGCCGUCGCGACAGGAUUUCGAGAAUGCUAUGGCACGCGAGAUAUCGUCUUUCCUCGUCGAGAAAGACAGUCUGACGUUUGUGGGCCAACUGUAUCUUUUCCUGGCCAGCGGGCUGACCGUGAGGGGCUAUGACGAGUCUGUGUUUGGACCCGAGGAGGCGGCAAGGGGUGUGACCGCCAAAGUGGCUGAAGGCAAAUACAGCAGCGCUGGACCUGACCGGCAAGUGUCCAGUGAGGUUGUUGACUUGGCGGACGAUGAUGGGUACCAGUACGACGCUUUUGAUGACGAUUUUGACAGUGGCUGA